GUAUAAGUAUCAACAGUCCCCACUUCCUUGCCGAAGGACAACAGAAGUAGUCGGCAGACACAUACAAUUUUCAUUUUUGUGUCGCUGUUAAAGCAGAGGCACAAUUGCAAUCCAAUUGGACAACUAGCAAUAACCGUUAGUGUUUCAAAGAUGCAUUGGUGGCGCCAUUCCAAAUAGAUGCAGAUGCCGCUGCACUCGACGCACCGUACAUAGCCGAAAAAUGAACAAUUUGGAGCACGUCAAGCACUUUUAUCCAGAAAAUUACAAAUUGGAUCUCUCUGAGACAAUGAAGGCGGCAUUAUCCAAAGGCCCAGUGGCCGGGGGCGUGGUCAAUGCAGUAAGCAGUAACAACAGUAGCAGUAGCAGCAGCAGUAACAUAACCAGCUCCAUGGGCGGACCAACACACACCGAAAUGCUACAACAGCAGCCAAACGCCGGCGUUGGCUAUGUUACCGAGAAGCUUUAUAUGCUGCUGCAGCUUUAUCUGCAGAACAAGGGCUGGAACCCGAGCGCCGAACUGUUGCAAUGCUUCAGUGAUCUGAAGGACAACGCCAUGCUGCCCAGUGCCGCCUACUUGCAAGUCCUGGCCAAUCGACUUACUCUGGACUCACAGGGGCGACUUAUAUUGCGCGACAAUGGAAAGAUUGUGCUGCCCUUUGAGCAUUUUGCCAAUGCGGUAAUGUUGAAGCACAUGUCGGGACCGCAUGGUCUGCAUCUCAGUGUAGACGCCACAGUGCGCGCGGUCAUUGAGUCGUACACCAUUGGACGAGAUCAGUUCGGCAUGGAAAAGGAGUUUAUUGUUGAAGUGGUGCAAUCGUGUCCCAGUCCGGCCUGUCGCUAUUAUAAGAAUCACAUGGGCAUAUCCCCUAUGCCAUUUAUGGAACAACAAUAUCCUGGCGUUAAUACGCCUGACUUUUUGCAGCGUCUAUCGCAUCUCCCCCCAAGCGCUGCGGCAGGAAGUAGCGCUACAGUUAGUUCGGCUGUUGCCAGUGCUGCUAGUGGCGUACCCAGUGGCAGCAACAACGCUGCUCCUGUCGAGAUUGACUUGUCCAAAUCGAGCGGCUCCAAGGUUCCGCCCCAGUUGCAGCACUUAACUAAACAACAGCAGAGUAGCAUACAAUCGCAGCUAUCGCAAAUAAGUGCGGCCGCUGCUGUCGCGCAUCAUCAGCAGCAUCAGCAACAGCAGCAACAACAGCAGCAGCAACAACAGCAACAACAACAACAGCAGCAACAACAGCAGCAACAGGCUCAUGCUCAAGCACAGGCAAAACACCAGCAACAGCUGACAGCCGCAUUGAUUCAACAGCAAAAUCGCGUGCUCGCGCAGCAGAGCCUGGAGAAGCUUGGCAAUCUAAGUGCUUUGGAGAAGCAACGUGUAUUCGCACAGCUCGAUCCCAAGCAUUUUGACCCAAUGGCUGUUGCAGCAGCAGCUGCCAAUUUGCAAAUUCAAGGCAUGAUGCAGUCACAAGCGGUGGCUGCAGCUGUCGCCUCUAAUCAGCAACAGCCGACGCCGUUAACUACGACUAACUCCUCGGCAACAGUCGGAUCUAGCAUUGGGGCACAGGUGCAUCAUACGCAUCAUUCCUUGCCACCGCCUUCACAAUCGCCACACUCGUCGUCAUCGUCUUCCUCUCACUCAUCGAUGGAUCAGUUUACGCAUAAGAAUAUCUCUGAUUCCUUGCGAUCCAAUUUGGAGUCAAUUGAAUCAAAUAAAGAUCUGUUGGCGUUGCAUAAUGGCGCCUGGGCCAGUCACGAUGCCAAUCGGAUUGAUCACAUGGCAGUUGGCCAGGACAAGAUUGUGCGCAUAUUUUCAGAGCUAAUGCGAAACAUGUCGCGCAUGAAGACAUACAUACGGCCUUCCAUGUGUAAGCCCUAUGGCAAGCAAAGCGAGAGUUUGCAGAAGACUCUCAUGGACACCAUUCAGAUUGUGCAAACGUUGCGCAAUUGCCUACCGGCACCCCACAUUCCUGUUUCGUCCUGGAAGAGCGAAAGCGAGGGUACUGUCGGUGUGGGUGUAGGCGUGGGAGUGGGCGUGCCACAAGGCAUGGGUAUGAAUACGCUUGGCUUGCAAUCCAAUCGAACGGAUAAUCUGCACUGAAUUGGAUUGGAAAGCUCACAAUCGAAUCAAAAUUAAAUUACAUUAGGUAAUAUCUUAUAUUCCUGCGAUUCCGAGCAUCAUACAGUAUUUACAUAGAAUAGAAUUUCAUCUUUAUAGGCUUGGCUCAUGGUUUUCCAAUUACCUAUUAUGUGCCAUGUUUACCACAAGACUUGAUUUCAUUUCAAUAUUUGACUGAUAUUUUAUAACACGAUGACACUAGUAGAAAGUUGCGUGUCUCCCAUCGUUUAGCUAGUGUCAUUAUGUCAUUAGAAUUAUGCGCUUAAAUCCGGCUAGAGUCUUAGAUUAAGCUGCAAUCCCUUGAGCUAUCCAUAUUUAUAAGAUUUCGUUCUUUUCUGUUCUAAUUCGAUUAUUUUGGUAUUUGAUUUGGCAUGAACAAAAUUGACGAAGCAUAUGAAUUCAAUUGGCAAAAAGUCUGUGAUAUUUAAAUUAUGUUAAAAAAAAAAAAACACUUUAACAAAACAAAAACAAAUCUAAAUUAAAUUAAUUUUUAACUGUGGGCCCUUUGUUGUGUAAACUACAAUUUCCUUUGUGCAAUAUUACAAGGUGUCUAACUAUCUAUUCUUAAUCACGUUUGUGCAAUUGACAACUUUUCACUCAUAUCAGCAGCGCGCAUAGAAUUAAAACGACUCAACAAUAUAAAGAAGGCAUCCGGCCUAUACUACAUAAUAAAAUGUAUUACAUAUUAAGUAAAUACAUACAUAUAAAGAAACAUACAAUUACUUAAGAUAUUUUGCUAUAUUGUGUCGUCGGCGGUUGUCACGUAGAAAACGUAUAGAAGAGAAUGGAGUUGUAUUACUUUAUAAGCAGCAAGUGGGUUGUAAUUCGACUACAUACAUUCAUACACAUAAGUUAAUCUUAUAUUUUAUUCCAUGCUCAUACAUUGAAAUAACCAAUUAUUAUCAAACAUACAGUAUUAACCAGAAAUAAAGACACUUGUAAACCUUUAA